AUGGCGUCGAAACGCGAAGUGGACGCUUCCUUUGCCUACAAGCCCAUGGUCCUGGAUAUGAACCGGGAAUGGUGGCGGGAAAUCAUCAUAUACGAGAUCUAUGUGCAGUCAUUCCAGGACAGUAACGGCGAUGGGAUUGGCGACCUUCGUGGUAUUAUCCAGCGACUUGAUUACCUGAAGGACCUUGGUGUGGAUAUGCUUUGGUUAACUCCCAUCUAUGAGUCGCCUCUGGAGGAUCAGGGCUAUGACAUCUCCGACUUCAAGGCAAUCAACCCUAUGUACGGGACUAUGAAAGACUGGGAGUAUCUCAUUGCAGAGGUCCACAGGAGGGGAAUGAAGUUAAUGAUGGACAUGGUGUUCAACCAUACCAGUUCCCAGCAUAAAUGGUUCCUGGAAUCAAAGUCAAGCCGGGACAAUCCAAAGAGAAACUGGUAUUUUUGGCGAAAGGGCAAGAUUGGCAAAAAUGGCGAGAAACUUCCUCCGAACAAUUGGGAGUGCCUGUUUGGAGGCCGCGCAUGGAAAUAUGACGAAACCACUGAUGAAUGGUACCUGCAUCUAUUUGCCGAGUCUCAGCCUGAUCUCAACUGGGAUAAUCCAGAAGUUCGUGCCGCCGUGCAUGAUAUUGUUGACUUCUGGGGUUCCAAAGGAACAGACGGGUUCCGGUUUGAUGUCAUCAAUCUUGUUUCCAAGGUUCCUGGACUCCCGGACGCUCCUAUCAGAGUCCCAGAUCAAUUUGAGCAACCUGCUGUUGAAAUGUUCACGAAUGGCCCGAAGGUCCAUGAGUAUAUCCACGAACUGAACCGGAAGGUUCUUCAAAAAUACACAAACUGCACUGUUGGUGAAAUGCCAUGCGGUGUAAAUGAAUAUGAGGCGAGUUUAUACGCUGCCAAGGAAAGCCAGGAACUGUCCAUGGUGUUCCAGUUCGACCACAUGGAUCUAGAUGGCCAGAAUGGCGAUAAAUGGACACCUAGGAAAUGGGAGCUCUGGGAAUUUGAGAAGGUGAUCCGGAUCUGGCAGCAGCACAUGCUCGGAAAUAAUGGAUGGAGUUCUAUAUACUUUGAAAACCACGAUCAGGCUCGAAGCGUUUCUCGAUUUGGAAACCCUGACCCGAAGUACCGAGCUGUAUCUGCAAAGAUGCUAGCAACCCUCCAGCUUUCUCUGCGAGGCACUGUGUUUUUGUACCAGGGGCAAGAGCUGGGUACGCCUCAUCCACAAAAAUGGAAGAUCGAAGACUAUCCAGACGUGGAGACGCAGAACUACUACAACGCUCAAUAUAAAAAACGCAAGGACCAGGAUCCCUCAAGAGAGCCGGACAUGUCCGAUGUGAUGCACGUAAUCAGACUGAAGGGCCGAGACAACGCGCGCACCCCGAUGAUGUGGGAUGAAUCCCCAAAUUCAGGCUUCACGGCGCAGGGAGUGAAACCGUGGAUCAAAUUCAACGAUGAAUACCCAGACAUUGUCAUUUCGAAGCAAGAAAAGGAUCCCGACUCGACUCUGAACUACUACAAAAAAUUGGCAAACAUCCGGAAACAACACCCGGUCAUGUCUUAUGGGACCUACGUUCCAGUCAAUCCUACUCAUCCCAAGGUUCUUUCGUUCCUCCGGAACCAAGGGCCGUGGCGUAACCUCGUUAUCUGCAACUGGUCGACGGACGAUCUUGAAUUUGAUAUCCCAGAUGAAAUCAACACGGACCUUGCAGUUCUGGUCAUUGCCAACUACGACGUCAAAGAAGAUGUUCUCGAUCAUAAGCUCAAGCUGCGGCCUUAUGAGGCCAGGAUAUAUACCCUGCGGAACUAA